AUGACUGUUAUAUUUGCCGAGAUACUAAAACUGCUACCAUGGCUUGCUCUCCUAGGAUGCACCAAUGCCAAUUUUCAAAUCAUCGAACUUGGGGGGAAUCCCAACUACGGAGACCCUUCCGUUUUACGAGAUGGCGCCCUUUAUCCCAGUGAAAAUGCGAUUCCAAACCUGCAAUAUACAGAAAGGCCACCGCUGAAUAUUCUGCCUCAACGUUUCGAGCCUCCUCCGCCUCGACCUUGCGAAGGUGGCCCGGAAGUUUGUGGCUACCCGCCUGCAAGGCCUCCUCCUCCUGAAGAGUGCGUCGGUGGUCCGGAUAAGUGUGGCUACCCGAUAGAAAAGCGCAACUGUUCUUGGGAUGGUGGAAUAACUGAAACGACCAUCGAUGUCAGUACCACCACCACCGUCUACGAGUCGACCAUUGAGCCAGCGUUGUGUGAUGAUGAGCAGAUUAUAACCCCGUCAAUCUUAUAUAUGUCGGAGCGGCCGACCUGCUCCUCCAGACCUGCCGUAACUACCACGACGCUGCCACCGAGCAUAACCACCUUCACUGAACGUCCACCACCCAUAACUAAAUAUGUAACGAUAACGCCGACGACUACCAUCUUAAUCAGCAAAACGCCCUACGUUACGAUUAAAAGGAACGUAACUUCGACAGUCACAAGCCUCUCCACCCUUGACUCUACCGUGACAAUCAGUAGAAUAAUCACACCAACCACUACGUAUCUUACGACAACGUCAACGGCUACGGUCUCCCGGAACGUAACGCCGAUUUCAACGAACCGCUUUUACGCCGCAACUGUGGAAACCACGAGAACGAUCACACCGAUCGUCGUUAUCUCCAACAAAUUUCCACCGGUCACAGUGAAUCGAACCGUUACACCGACAUCCACCAACUACUUCUCACUGGCAACUACCACAGUCGCUCAAAAUGUAACGCCGACGUACACUAGCGUGAGCUAUUUCCCCGAGGUGACCACAACCCGCAACGUAACACCUGUCCACACCGAGUACAUUUACUAUCCCACGGUAACGGUCUCAACGAAUGUUACACCAACCGUUAUUCAUAGAAAUAUCGUCGGUACGGUCAGCAUCAACCGGACAGUUACACCGACUUCGACCAUACUUAUUACGCUCGACAACACCCGUACAGAAACGCGUAGUAUCACACCAACCUUCUUGGAGCAGCAGACGGCCGAUACGAAAACAGCAACGACAAUCUUUACACCAAGGAUUAUCGUCACGGAAACAGCCCCGACGACAAACGUCACCCAAACUUACACGCCCACCUUUUACACGACGACGACUCUAAGUGAGACCGAGACUAGAAGGACCACCGUUUAUCCAAAAACCACGAGUACUACCACUUUACCCCCAUCGGUGCGCACCAUUUACUCAACGGAAACGGAAACCAGCACCACAACGUUGCCGAAUAGACCAUUACCUCCCGUUACCAGCACGCUUACCGAAACUUAUUGCCCACCGAAAGCGACCUACCUGCCAGUUCCAGGUGAAGUAACGCACACCGAAACGAAAACGGAACUGUUCGUCACGACUAUUAUCAGCUGCACGCCUACCGGACUCUAUCUACCCGCCCAGCAGACCGUGGCCGCCAAUUCGUUUUCCCCCGCGUACGCCCGCGUACCCGAGCUCAAACGGUUUGUGCUCCCACCUCAGGCCGACGAGCAAAACAAUCUGUACUGGAACGCCUAA